UCAUCAUAGGCCAUUUGAUUUGAUAGUGCGCCGAAAAGGAAUGCGAUGAGUAAGGUGGUGCAUACCCCCCCACCUUUGCUAGGUCCCGGUACAACCUGAAAUGAAAUGGCUACAUAUGGCGCUAAACGCACGCAAAAGUCACCUCAGAUUUUGACCUGGAAUUCAGUGGGAAUAGGCCCUAAAAUGGCCGAAGCCGAUCUCGAUCCAGAGGGGCUCGACCUCGAAGAUCCCCAAGCCUGGAUCAGUCACAAUUACCGAGAACACCUCAUAACCAAAGUCGAAAAAUGGAACCCCAUUUGGGACCAAGCACCGCAAGCCGAUGUCUUCAGCUAUUGUAUAAGCAUCGCACAACUGCAACGCAUGCGGAUACAGCGACUACAAAUACAACUUGCAUCAGCUGCAAGAAAAGCAUAUGAAGGUGCAGAUACAGACAAUGACUGGAAAGAUUGGGAUAAAAUUCUUAGUGAAUAUGUUUCUGCAGUCCAAGAACAUGACUACAUGGAACAACGCGGAUCAGGCGGGAGAGACCCUUUUCUGAUAACAGGAGAGCGUUAUAUGGACAGGAAGGUUCUUGAACAGGUCAUGCAUGGCUUCCAACUUUCGGAAUCGACUGAUUCGAAUCCGACUGGUGAACCUUCGCUACGAGUAUGGCAAACAACUCGACGGGCCCCUGUUCCGACACGAGGAGACAACCGGCUGAAGAAGCUUCUGGCCCGGAUUGGUAUAGCUGCUAUCGGGACUGCGUUUCUCAUUGUCCCGAUGUGGCUGUUGAUAUGGGUUGUGUGGGAAGACACCUGGGUGGCGCUGUGGUCGACAACCAUUUUUGUUGCUGUGUUUGGGGUGCUGAUGGCGUGUGUACUGGAGAAUGAAAUUGCGGUUCUCUCAGCAUCUGCGGCUUAUGCAGCUGUGCUAGUGGUCUUUGUCGCCCUUGUUGCGGAACAGGCCCGGGGUCAAGAUGAGAAGGGUUCACAAUCAGAAAAUGUAUUCUGUGGUUGAACACCAUGGCCAGUUAUUAGCUU